CCGCAGCGCAUCGUCUAUGAGGAGCGUGGAACAUCGGAGACAGUACCGUCCCGCCUCCGCAGAGUCUAGUCGCGGAGCAAUAACUCGCGAUAGAAGCGCAUCGUCGAGCAAAAGUACAGUAUCACGAGGGCACAAUCAGGCUACUUUCCCAGCUACUUGUGCUAUAAAUAAUAGACCACAAAUACCAAGUAAAGCUGAAGCAGUUCGCGUACCCGAACGGAUAAAGAGUGUGAAUUUUAUAAAAACUCGGGGUGCUUGUACCACGUUUCUAAGCUCCAAUCUCCCGAACACACCUAGAACUAGGUCUAACCUCCUCAACCGUGUUGCAAGUACCACAAUUUCUAACAGUCAGAAGUCUUUUGUACCAACAAGAGUUACAAGUUUACCAACCAAACUACCAAGGCCAACCAAUAUGGUUCAAAGCAUAGAAUCUCGACCACGAUUUAAUUGUAGUCCAAGAAUAGUAAAUACAAAUAUCACGGCCAAGAAAGUUCCUUCAGAAAAUCUCAAAAUGAAAUAUAAAUAUUCUAGUAAACUUAGCGAAAAAACGAAUCUUAACCAGAGUUUGCAAAACGUGAGCAUAAAAAAAGUAUUUACUCCAGUCAACGAAUCGAACAUACAAGAAAAGCAAACAAGAAGAAGAAAUCAGAUUGAAACACUAAAGAAUACAUUCUGCCGAGGAGCUCAUGAUAUACCGGCUUUAACAAGUAAUUGUUAG